AUGCGUACCGUAUCAUUAAUAACAAGGGGCAACGAAACUGGUCUAGGGUGGAAUUCGAACAAAGGUACUGUUGAUGCAUCCGAUGAGUGGUGGAAUAAUAAAAUUCAGAUAAAUGCUGAAUAUGCAAAGUUGCGUAAAAAAGGCAUUUAUCCUGAGAUGGAGGAGAAGCUAGAUAGGAUGUUCAUGAGUACCACAGCCACUGGUGAACAUGCUUGGGCACCUUUAUGUGGUAUACUCCCACCAGAAAUUGAAGAGACAUCCAUGGGUGAUGUUAUUCCACUCGAAGGAAGUGAUGACUCAGAUGAUUCCAAUCCAAUUGAAACAAUUCAAGCUAUCAAGAAUGCUACAAAGAAAGGGAAAAUGAGAGCACCUGAGCAAUUGAAUGAAAAACAGCAAGAUAAGAAAGGAAGAAAAAUUGGAGGUGUUGAAAAACUAGCUGGCCAAAUUGACCACAUUGUUGGUGUAGUUGAGAGUAGGAGCACAGCAACAUCAUUGAUGAUGAAAAUGCAACUGGGCAGUAGUAUUCCUGAAGUGAUGGAAGUUGUAUCAUCUUUACCUGAAUGUGAACCUACUAGCACUUUGUGGAUGUUUGCGACUCGAUUGUUUUUCAAUCAAGAGAUGCGAGAGAUAUUUUCUACCAUGAAGACUCCUAAUGUCAAGUUUGCAUGGCUAACUUAUGAAUUUAACAACCAAUAG